AUGGAACAAAAAAAUCCUGGAACUGUUACUCAUUUGCAGAUGGACAAUGAAGGUAGGUUCAAAUAUUGCUUCAUGGCCUUAGGUGUUUCUAUAAUGGGGUUUAAGACAUAUAUUCGCCCAGUUAUAUGUGUAGAUGGAACCUUCUUGACUACUCGGUGUGGAGGUACUUUGUUAUGUGCCAUGGGACAAGAUGCUAACAAGCAAAUAUAUCCAAUUGCAUUUUCAGUAGUUGACUCAGAGAAUAAUGACUCAUGGUUGUAUUUUCUACUGAGGUUGAAGGAAGCGAUUGGUGAAGUGGAGAAUCUAGUAUUCGUGUCUGAUAGACAUACUAGCAUAGCAAGUGCCUUGACUAAAAUUUUUCCUGAGGCACACCACGGUGCUUGUAUACAUCAUGUUAGCAUGAAUAUUCGUGCGAAGUUCAAAACUGACCAUUGCCAUGAAGAAUUCUUCCUUGCAGCAAAAGCUUAUAGAAAGCGAGAGUUUUUACGCCAUUUUGAGAAGAUUAAAUUCAAAGAUCUUGCAAUUGCUCAAUACUUAGAGAAUCAAGUGGGUUUUGAAAAGUGGGCUCGUUCUUUCUUUCCUGGCCAUCGAUAUAAUUUAAUGACUACAGGUAUUGCCGAAAGCUGGAACAAUGUCAUUGCUGAGGCACGUGGGUGGCCAAUUACUUGUCUCAUGGAAUUUAUGAGGCACACUUUACAAAAAUGGUUUUUCGAGCGUCGAACUGCAGCAUCAGCGGCUACAAGUCCUCUUGCCACAGAAGUGGAAGCUGAUUUGCGAAAGUUAGCAGACAAGUCCACUACCUCGUUCUCUUUUCCGUCUAGUCAGUAUGAAAUAACAGUAUUGGAUGGUGAUCUUGAUGGAGAUGUCGACCUGAGGAGGAAAACAUGUAGUUGUAGAAGAUUUGAUUUGACAGGUCUUCCUUGUGAACACGCUCUAGCUGGUGCUCGAGAUCGUGGCAUUAGUCCAUAUAGUUUAUGCUCCAGAUUCUACACAGUUGAAGCGUGGUUGUCAUCCUAUGGUGGAUCUGUAUAUACGCUGGGUAAUGAAGAAUCUUGGGUGAUACCAAAUGACAUAGGAAGUAUGAUGAUAGCUCCUCCUUUAGUGAAGCAGAAGGCUGGUCGUCCAAAGAAGAAACGACGUUUAUCAAAGGGUGAGAAGAAUAGAAAACAACAUAGAUGUAGUAGAUGUGGUGUCCUGGGCCACAAUCGAGUGACGUGCACCACUGUUUGUCCCCCGUCGUCUAGACAUGCUUAG